AUGGCUGAAGCAAAUCAAAGCAUAUUUUCAAAUAGACAUAUAAUGGUAACUCAAGAUGCAACUGAUUUAGAAGUAAUUCAAAAUGGAGAUAAUACAGAAGAAGUUGCUAAUUGUAGUACUAGAUGUGAAACUAAAUAUGAAUCAUUUUCAAAAGUAUGUUUUAAAAUUAGUUGGAACAAAGGAUGUACAGAAUGGAAUACUUAUAGUACAAAAACUUCCUCAGCAGCUGUCAGUUCAUUUUUACAGAUGAUUGGUUGGAAAAAGUGUUCUAGACUUUCUGGACCUCGAGUAUUUGGUUUUGAUAUUAAACCAUUACAUGAUGCUUAUGAAGAUGAUUUUGAUAAAAUAAAUAGUAAUAUUUUGGUUGAAGAUGUAGAAGUAGGAAAUGGAGUUUUUCGUUCCAUUUCAACUUUACUUAAAGUAUUGAUACCAUUUUGGAAAUCAGGUGAAAAACCAGUAAUUACUGUAGGUGAUACACUUCAUAUAAAACUUGGUGGUGAUGGCAGGAAUGUGGGAAGAAAAAAGAAUCAUGUGUUGUUGACUUUUUGUUUAUUAAAUGAAGGUAAUGAAGUACUAAAACCAGAACAUCAAUUCAGUAUAUGUCUUUAUAUAGGCAAAGAAAAAUAUGAAACAUUAGCAACAGUUUGUAAAAUAUUUGAUUCACAAAUAACUUCUCUUAAAGCUCAUGAAGAUAUAAUCAAAUUUGAACUUGAAGCCAAGAACUGGGUGAGAUCUUUUUGUCAACCUACAUUAGGCAUAAUAAAUUCUACAUCAGCAAUUCCAGGGCUUUAUAGAAAGGAGGAUGUUACUCCAUAUAUGCAUAUUCUUACAAUGCAUGUGCCUUUUUUUUUGCGUAAUUUAAACAACCAAGGUCUUUCAUUUAGAUUAUUUUCAACAAGUAGCAUUGAAAAAAAAAAUCAUGAACAAGUCAAGUUGUUUUUUGGUGGCACUACAAUGGGAGGUGGUAACAAAACAAAGCCUGUUGUUUAUGAUAUGAUGGUAUUUGAAAAUAGGCAAAUAUUUUAUUUGCUUAAUAAAGCUCCAAAAGAAAUUACAUGUAAAAGUAUCACUAUAUCUAAUGAUUAA